AUUAUUAGCCAAACAUCCUCACGCCCGCGAACUACUUCCAGGCGAAACAUCCUCACGCCGAACCUCUCCUCACUACGUACAAAAACCAGUCGGCAAAACCUAAAAUCGCUACCUCUCCUCACGCGACCUCCUCCUCACGCGAACCCUAAACUCCUCUCCGCCAACAGUGAAGCCCUCCUCCUCACGCGAACUCUCUCUGCCGAAGCCCUCUCCGCCGAAGCCCUCUCCACCGAAGCCUCCUCACGUGAACUCCCUCCACUGAAGCCUCCUCAUGCAAACUCCCUCCGUCGAAACCUCACUGUCUCAACCCUAAACUCCGCUCUCCGCCAAAGCCUCCUCACGCGAACUCCCUCCGUCGAAGCCUCUCUACCGCAGCCCUAAACUCCUCUCUGUCGAACAUCUCCGCCCAUCCUAUCUUAGACGAAGUGCUCUAAGGCAAAGCCCUCUCUGGUGAAGCCCUCUCUGCCAAAGCUCUUCUCAAAAGGAUUCAAAGAAUAGAGACACACUGAUUCGUUACAAGCCAAGGUGUAUGUCAGGUUUAAAGCACUAGAUAGAUCUGAUAAUUUCUGGCAGUUCAGUCUGGUUUCAAGAAGAACAAGAAGCUGGUGAUGAGGAUGAGGAGGUCAUAUUUAAGAUUGGCGUUGCCGCCAAUAGAUACGAUUUGCUCUGUCUUGAAGGAAUUGCUUGGGCUCUUAGAAUUUUCAUUGAAAAGGAAGCUAGCCCUUUGUAUACAGUCACUAGUGUCUCACCCGAAUCAAUACUCAAAAUGCAUGUCAAACCUGAGGGGAAUAACCUUUGAUGAAGCAAGAUACAACAUCUUCAUUGACCUGCAAGAUAAAUUGCACCAAAAUAUAUGUAGGCGAAGAACCUUAGUUGCUAUUGGGACACAUGAUUUGGAUACAAUAGAGGGUCCUUUUUCCUAUGAGGCUUUACCACCUCAAGAGAUUAAUUUUGUGCCUUUAAAGCAGGAGAAAAUUUUCAGGGUUGAUGAGCUGUUGGAAUAUUACAAAUCAGAUAUAAAGCUUAAGAAGUUCUUGCAUAUAAUUGAGAACUCUCCUGUGUACCCAGUGAUCUAUGAUAGAAAUAGGUAAAAAUAAUCAUCUAUUACCCACAUUAUUCGGCUACAACCUGACAAUCUCUUGGUUAAUUUGUCAAAUAAUUGAUUUUGAUUAUUCUCUAAUGUACUUUAUACUUAUAUGUUGUCCUUUAAUGUACUUCUGGUAUUGGGAAUGAUUUUGGUAGCAAUAGCGAUAUCAA